AUCAAAAUUUGUUAUUGUUAUUUAUCUGAGAAACGUUAAAAUCUGUUGUACGUCUUAAUAUGACUAGAUCAAAAAUAGAAUUAGGAGAUGUAACACCACAUAAUAUAAAACAGCUUAAACUUCUUAAUCAAGUGGUAUUUCCAGUCUCAUAUAAUGAAAAAUUUUACAAAGAUGUCUUAGAAGCUGGGGAGCUAGCAAAACUUGCAUAUUACAAUGAUAUAGUGGUUGGUGCAGUUUGUUGUCGAGUAGAUACUUCUGAAAACUCUAGACGUUUAUAUAUUAUGACAUUGGGAUGUCUUUAUCCCUAUAGAAGACUAGGAAUAGGUACUGUAAUGGUACAACAUGUUUUAAAUUAUGUUUACAAAGAUGGUAACUUUGAUUCCAUCUUUCUUCAUGUUCAAAUAAGUAAUGAAGGAGCUAUUGACUUUUACAAAAAAUUUGGAUUUGAAAUAGUAGAAACAAAGGAACAUUAUUACAAGCGAAUAGAACCUGCAGAUGCUCAUGUAUUACAAAAAACUUUACGUCCUAAAACAAAUCAAACAAAUAAUCAACAAAGUAAUCAAUAAAAAUCGUUAAUCAUUAAUUUAUCACAUCUCAAAAACUACAUGUUUUCAUAGUCUGGUAAUAAAAUUAUUUUUAUUGUACUUCCCAGUGUGUUAUAAGUUAUAAAAUUAGAGUUUUAUA